AAAAAUUAUUAUUACUGUGAUACUAAAUUAAUCAUUUCGCAAGGAUUUUUUAAAAAUCUUUUUAUUUAUAAUAUUAUAUUAAUAAUUUUGCGUCGAUUUUAUGACAAUAAUUAUUCGUUUAAUAUUCUGAAUAUGUAAUUUUUCAGAAUGAAAUACAAACGUUAAGAAAGUUUAAUAUUUUGAGAUUCAAGGAGAAAAUUUAAAAGAGAUAAAGUAGUUGUAAAUGUAAUCUUUUCUUUUUAAUAAAAGUGGACUUAAAAAAUUUUAAUAUGGAUCUAGAUAAUUCAAUUUUAAAACUUACUUGCGAUUUAUAUAAUAAUCUAAAUAUUUCAAGAAGUGACAUACAAUUUAUAAUAGAGUCGUUUCAAAAUUUAAUAAAAAAUGUUUAUAAUCCAUUCAUAUUACAAAAAGUAAAUGUAUGUCUUAAUAAUAAUGUUGACAAAAAAGUUUACGAAAUUAUAAAUAGUAUUUUCGAAAAAUACAAAAAUCCUUUCGAAAAUUAUAAUUCAGAAUGUAAAAGAUUAAAUUUAUAUGAAAAAAUGGGAUUAUACUUAAAGCCUAAAGUAUGCAUUUUAAGUAACGAUAGAGUACCUAAACUUCAGGGAAAUAAAGUUAUAUUGACAAUAAAAAAAACUACAAUGAUUCAUUUAUCAUUGAAAAAUUCAUUGAAAAUGUUGUUGCAAAUGGACGGAUUGUUAAAAUCAACAAUGUCUUAUAUGGAUUUUCUGCAAACUGAGUCAGAAAUAAAAAUUAAUUUUAUUCAAGGUUCUCUGUGGAAGAAACAAUUACAGGACUUCGAGAAUCAAAUAGAAAAUUUGAAUGAAAAAACUAUAGUUUUACCCCUUUUUAUUUAUUUUGACGACCUUGAGACUGGCAAUGCAUUAGGUUCUCAUGCUGGGAAAAACCAAAUUGGAUGUGUUUAUGCCACUAUUCCCUGCUUACCACCAAAUUUUUCUUCAAAACUUGAAAGUAUUCUCGUUACGGAUAUUUUUUAUACAAAGGAUAGAAAAACUUUUGGGAAUAAAAUAAUUUUUAGUAAACUUAUUUCAGAAUUACAAGAACUAAAUAAGUUAGGAAUUGAAAUAAAUGUUGACAACAAGAAGUAUAAAAUCUAUUUUAUAACAAGUUUAAUUCUUGGUGAUAAUCUUGGUGCAAAUGGUAUUUUGGGUUAUGUGGAGUCCUUCUCAUUAACUCAUUUCUGUCGACUUUGUACCGCUGGACCAAAGGAAACCAAAGUCAUGACAACAGAAGACGUAACUCUACUUAGAAGCAAACAAAGUUACGAUAAUGACGUAAAAACUAAAAGUUUUUCUGUUACGGGCAUCAAGGAAGUUUGCGUUUUUAAUGAGUUAAAUUUGUUCCAUGUGACUGUCAAUACAAGUGCAGAUGUCAUGCAUGACAUUUUUGAGGGAGUAGGGAACAUUAUUAUGGCGACGAUAUUAUUGCAAUUGAUUUUAGUUGAUGAGUGUUUUUCGAUAGAUUAUUUAAAUAAUGCUUUAAACUCAUUGGAUUUUGCUUUUGAAAAAUCUAACGUACCUCUUAACAUAUCUUUGGAAUACUUGAAAUCAAAUAAAAGGUUAAAAAUGUCAGCAUCCGAAACUUUGUUCUUUAUAAGAUAUUUUGGACUACUUGUUGGGGACAUGGUACCAGAGGAUAACGAAAGCUGGUCCUUAUACAUAAAAUUGCGGGAAAUUAUACAUAUAAUAACCUCCUCUACUAUUACUCAUUCACAUCUUAAUCAUUUGAAAAUUUUAAUCGAAGAGCAUCAUAAAUUGUUCAUUGAGAUAUUUGAUGUUGAUUUAAAAGCAAAAUUUCAUUUCAUGGUACAUUACAAUCGUUUGAUUUUGCAAAAUGGACCUCUAAUUAAUACAUCAUCCUUGCGUUUUGAAUCGAAACACACUGAAAUAAAAUCAAUUUUAAAUGCUAUUUCAUCAAAUAAAAAUAUUUUGUUAUCUGUCGGUAUUAGGCUUCAGUUGCGUUUAAUGCAUUUUGUGUUUUCACAAUAUCGAGAAUUGUAUUCUACGUAUGGUCCUGAAAUACAAGAUGAUUCUGUAAACAUCCACUUUCCUAUGUCAAUUUGUCGAAAAACUGUAAGCAAUGUUAAAAUUAAUGAUGUAACGUACAAAUGUGGUACAAUAAUUGUGGCAAGAAUUUCGGAAAACGGUCCUAUUUUUGGAAAAAUCCAAAAGAUAUAUAUUGUAGACAACUCGAUUUUUUUCAAGUUUAUACCUCUUCACAUGAUCGGAUUUAACAUGCAUUUCUUCGCGUUUAGCGUUUUUGAGGAUAGCCAAAAUCAAAAAAUUAUUAAAUAUGACUCGCUACCACAGAGAACACCGUGUUUGCUGCACCAAAAAAAUGACGUUUCAUAUAUUUUUAUAAGACACAUAAUAUAAAUUGUUUAAGGCGAAAUAAUUGGAGUUGGGAGUUAUUUUGAUUUAAAUAAAAAAUCACAUUAAAUUCAA